CAGAGAAGGCGGUAGCAAGGCACGACGUCAGUCGUAGGAAAUCCCCGAACCGAAGUGCGCUGGUGGGGUCCGCACUCGGCUCUUGUGGCGCUCCGCCCCCUUCCCCUGGUUUCAGUACUCCGGGCUGACGACGUUGGGAGAUUUGGAACGCGAGAACUAAGAGGGUGGAAAGGUGUGAGCUGCAAGGCAGAGGAGGGCAAGAAGGAGGAGGUGGCCCCCGGGGGUGGUCUGAGGGACCCAGGGGUCCUGCCGCAGAAGACUGCCUGGCGGGCUGGCUGGCUGCAGCAGCCUCCGGUCCGGACGCGCUGAGCGGAGCGGAGCCAUGGCCUCGGGUGGUUAUAACCCAUAUAUAGUGAUAAGUGAACAACCCAGGCAGCGGGGAAUGCGUUUUAGAUACAAAUGUGAAGGGCGAUCAGCAGGCAGCAUUCCAGGGGAGCACAGCACAGACAACAACCGAACAUACCCAUCCAUCCAGAUUAUGAACUAUUGUGGAAAAGGAAAAGUGAGAAUUACAUUAGUAACAAAGAAUGAACCAUAUAAACCUCAUCCGCAUGAUUUAGUAGGAAAAGACUGCAGAGAUGGCUACUAUGAAGCAGAAUUUGGACAAGAACGCAGGCCUUUAUUUUUUCAAAAUUUGGGUAUUCGAUGUGUAAAGAAAAAAGAAGUAAAAGAAGCUAUUAUUUCAAGAAUUAGUGCAGGAAUCAAUCCUUUCAACAUCCCUGAACCACAGCUGCUUGAUACAGAAGAUUGCGACCUCAAUGUGGUGAGAUUAUGUUUUCAAGUUUUCCUCUACGAUGAACAUGGUAAUUUGACGACCACUCUACCUCCUGCUGUCUCUAACCCUAUUUAUGACAACCGUGCUCCUAAUACUGCAGAGUUAAGGAUUUGUCGUGUAAACAAGAACUGUGGAAGUGUCAGAGGAGGAGAUGAAAUAUUUCUACUCUGUGACAAAGUUCAGAAAGACGACAUAGAAGUUCGGUUUGUGCUGAAUGACUGGGAAGCAAAAGGUAUCUUUUCACAAGCUGAUGUCCACCGUCAAGUAGCCAUUGUUUUCAAGACCCCACCAUAUUGCAAAGCCAUAACAGAACCAGUAACGGUAAAAAUGCAGCUGCGGAGACCUUCUGAUCAGGAAGUCAGUGAAUCUAUGGAUUUUAGAUAUCUGCCAGAUGAAAAAGAUACUUAUGGAAAUAAAGCAAAGAAACAAAAAACAAGUAUACUUUUCCAGAAACUGUGGCAAGAUUGUGCAGUUAAUUUUCCUGAGAGACCCAGACCUGAUUCCCUAGGACCAACUGGAGAAGGAAGAUUCAUUAAAAAAGAAUCCAACUUGUUUUCUCAUGGCGCAGCUUUGGCAGAAAUGCCCAGGCCUUCAGGAGUUUCCAGUCAAGCAGAACCCUACUAUUCCCCGAAUGUACCCAUGUCCGGUGCACUGCCACAUCAUCCUUCAGCCAUACCCACAAUGGUGCCUCAUUCUUCUUCAAGCUGGUCCUCUGUGGCUCACCCCACCUCAUGCUCAGUCAAUACAAAUCCAAUGAGUAGUUUUUCAACAGGGACACUUCCCUCUAAUUCACAGGGUAUCCCACCAUUCCUGGAAAUGUCUCUUGCGAAUGAGUUGAAUGCGUCUAAUCCUUGCCUUUAUAACAGUACCAACAACAUAGGCAGAAUGGAAACGUCACCUAUGUCAUCAGCUGACUUAUAUGGUAUUUCUGAUGCCAACAUGCUGCCUAACUGCCAUGUGAAUAUGAUGACGCCCAGUAAUGACAGCAUUAGGGAGACCGAUAAUCCAAGACUUGUGAGCAUGAACAUUGACAGCCCCUCGUGUAACUCAGUGUUAGACCCAAGAGACUUGAGACAGCUCCAUCCGAUGUCCUCUUCCGGCCUGUCAGCAGGCGGCAGUUCCAGUGCUGCUGCGUUUGUUUCACAGUCGGAUGCAUUUGAGGGAUCUAAUUUCAGUUGUACAAAUAACAGCAUGAUAAAUGAGUCGGGGUCUUCAAACGGUACUAAUGCAAACAGCCAUGGUUUCGUUCAAAGUCAGUAUUCAGCUAUUGGCACUAUGCAGAAUGAGCAGUUGAGCAACUCAUUUGAAUUAGACUUUUUCUCCAGUUAAUUUGUAAGAUUUAAAUAGUGAUUCAAGAUUUAAAUCCUUUUACAUGUUUGCAGCCAUUUUAACAUUACCUGCAUAGAUGCAGUAUUUUAUAUUUCUCUGGCCAAGACUAUAACACCGGAGGAUUUGAUUUUCACGUUAUAAUGCAGAAUUUUCUUGAUUAGGAAGAAGUGUAAAACUUUGGGUGUAUAAGAGAGUUUUUUUUACAGUGUUGGCUGUAGAGCUCCUAAAAUUUUUCAGGAUGUAAAUAAAAGAUGAAUCUUCAGUACUGAAGCUGCCACUGAGAGGGAUGAACUCAUUUUCCAAUUUCAAGAAGAGCUGGAGAAAGUUCAUCAUUUACAGAUGACUCUUGCUUCAAGAAUGUAGAUUAAUCCACACAAACUGAACUUCCAGGCUACGAUGCAGUGUGGAAUCCUCUGUGCACUGCAGGUUUAUAUAAACUAGUGCACAUUUCAGCCUACACACACCCAUUAUAGACCGUAGGAAGUGUGUAAUGAAUCUGUGACGUGUUACAUGUUGAAUAAAAUCAGUUUUAUUAAAAAAAAUUUUUUGAGUAUGUAAAAUACAAAGUUGGAAACUGCCAGAAAGGGAGCUUUCCAAAACAGAAAUUUAACAGGGCUUUAGUAUUUUCUUCUUUUGAAACGUGACAAGAAUUCUGUCUUUAGAGUUUCACCAUGUUUCCUCAGAACAAAGUGAAGAGGACAUUCUUCACUCUUAAAAAAGCUAAAAAUAUGCUUUUUUAUAUUUCUUUUGUAAUGUAUUAAUGUAUUCUUAGUUAAAUGAAUUGAAAUUUGCUUUUGAGCAAAUUUAAGGUAAAACUUGUAAUGGCUAUGUCAUUGAAAAAAUAAACUCCUUGUUAUUUUUGAGGUGCAUGGGCUAAGGUGACCCCUAAGGGGUUUUUCUGAGGCUUUUUGGAGUUUCUUAGAUUUAUAUGUAAAUCAAUUUUUUUUAAAUGCUAAGUUGUAUCAAGGCCCUUUCCAGGUAUGGUAGGGUCUCUGCUUUUAGACUAUUUAAAUCCAUACUUUUAAAAUUGCUGAUGAUUUUUGUUUUCCACCCAUGUUUUUAAGGGGAAGAAAUUUCCUUGGACCUCUUCUCUCUCUUUUUUCUUCAUGGGAAUCCUAAAGCCAACCUUUAUUUUGGAUUUCUACAGCACAGUAUAAUACACUUGAACUCUGAAAUAUGGUUUGAAUAUAUAUAUGCGAGCAAAUUUAUAACCCUGUAAUCAAAGGAGAUAGUUUUAAAAAAUAAAAUUAAAUAUAUCAAUCAAUGUUCCUAUUGAUUUAAUAUUCUUAUACAAGAUUCUCUUAGAAAAGGGGUUUUUAAGCAUUUUUAAAUUUAAUUAUUGUUCAAGUACAGUUUUCUGUCUUUUACUCCCAUCCCAGCCCACCCCCCCAGUGCUCCCCACCUCCCUCCCAUGUGUCCUUUAUACUUGUUCCUGUGAAGCCCUCCCCUUUUCCCCUGAAAUUCUCUCCCCUCUCCCCUCUCCCCUCUGGUCCCUGUCAGCCUGUUCUCUAUUUCAGUGUCUUUGGUUAUAUUUUGUUUGCUUGUUUGUUUUGUUGUGUAGCUUCCUGCUAAAGAUGAGAUCAUAUGGUAUUUGUCUUUCACCGCCUGGCUCAUUUCACUCAGCAUAAUGCUUUCUUAUGUGUCCUCACUCACUGUGAUCUCACCCAGUUUCAUGCUGUCAACUCUGAAAUUUUAUUUCCAGUGUAGACCUGUCCUCCGAACUCCAGAUUUGGAGUUUACCCGUGUGUGAAACUGCUUGUUUGGCAUCUGUACCUAGAAAUCUAAUCUAAGCUUAAACUCAACAUAUCCUUGAUCUUCCCUUCCAAACUUGCUUCUCUUUCAAUCUCCCCCAACUUAGUAAAUGGCAGUGCCAUGCUUCUGGUUGCUGAGGUCCAAAACCAUGGAGUCAGCCUUGAUUCUUUUUUUCUGUUAUCUCCCAUAUCUUAAUCUACUAGCAAAUCUGGUAGGUUCUACCUUCAAGAAUAUAUCCAAAGCUGACCACCUCUUCUGACCUCUACUAUUAACAACCUGUUCCAAGCCACCAUCAUCUCUUGCCUGGAUUAAAGCUAUAUCCUCCAAAAACCCUCUUUACAUCCUUGUACCCUAAUAGUGUGUUCUCCCUAAAGUAGCCUGAAUGAUUAUAUGUAAGCCAAGUCAAAUCCUUGCAUUCAAUUGGUCAAAACUAUCCAGUGGCUCCCCAUCUCAGAGUCAAGACCAAAGUCCUUAAUAUUAGCAGGCCCUCACUCCCUCUCCUACCUCAUCUGCUCCCAUUUUCCCCUCUUCAUUCAGCUCCAGGUACCCUGACUUCAGUGCUCCUCUUCAAAAACACCAAGUAUACCCCUGCUUCGGAGUCUUCAUACUUGGUGUUCUUUCUGCCUGAGUGGUUUUCUGUCAGGCGUGUGCAGAGCUCACUCCGUACAUCCUUCAUUCUCACGCAGCUGUUACCUGAUCAAAGCCUUCCUUGACACUAUGUAUAUCAGGAUUCCAUGUCCCCCCUCCUUUAUAUUUUCCGUAAUACUUACCUAAGCAUUCAUUUGUUUAUUAUUUGUUUUCUUACACUGAAAUAUAAGCUUCAUGAGGGCAGGAAUAUUUGUUGAAUAUAGUUUGUAGAACAGUGUCUGCCUGAUAUUCAAUAAUUGGUAAAUAUUUAUUGAACAUUUAAAGUAGUAAUGAUACAGCUUUGAUUUUUGAAAUAAAGAAUAGCUUUAAUUACUAGAUGUUCAUGAUUUUUAUAGUUCUGUUUAAUUGGGUUUAUGUCAGAAUCACACAUUCAAGACAAGGAUUAAUAAUGGUAAUUCGAACUGUUGAGAAGCAAAGUAAUCCCAGUAGAAAAAUGAUGGUGGAAUUUGGGCAAAAUCUUAAUUGUGAUGGAAUUGUCUUGAUGCUAAGUAACUUAUUAAAGACCUACUUUAUUUUACAAUAGAACCUACCAUAAAUUUUAAGCAUAUUCUCAGCUAGGAACAUGGCAUUUCACUUAUAUAGCAUCCAACCAAACCAUAAAUUUACUGGAACAAUUAAAACUAGUUAAUUUGGUCAAAAUAGGGAAUGCAUGAAUGUCAUAUAAAUAAAAAUUCUGAGUUGAAUGAUACUGGGAAAUGGAAGGAAACCAAGAUAAGAUUUGAGAUCAGAAUAUUUAGGGAGCAAAAGAAAAAGAUUAAAGAUUAAAAAGAAUAAAGCCAAGUAUUGUUAUUGUUUCUCAGAAAUUAUGAUUUCCAAAUGAAACACUUCUGUUACAUAAUUUUCAAAAUCAUAAGCACACCACAUACUUCAGUAGAACUUACCAAGGAGAAAGAAAAAUCUGGACAUAAUUUUCUGCCUGUUCAAAACAUGAACCUAAGAUAUUUUCAGAUAGUGGUUAAUAGGUGGUACACUUUUAAAAAAAUACAGAAUCCUAUUUUAUAUUAAUUUAGCAUCAACUAGUUAAACAGUUAGAAAAUCUAAAUGGGUUUUUUAAAUUAGAUGAGCAAUUGACUUGCAGUUUUUGUGUGUAAACCAAAGUAAGGUAGUGCUACAUCUGUGAUGAAAUGUAUUUUUCCUAGAAUUUAUUUUAUAACUUAAAAAGAUACUGACUGCUUCUUCUGUACCUCUAAGUGUGUUUACACUUUCACAUGUUCUUGUAACAUCCCACUCUUAGUUUCUGAGGAAAAGGUGGACCUUGUGCCUUUCUAAACUCUGCUUAUAUACUAGACUCCCUCCCCCGCUUUCUCUUCCAUCCCUUCUCUUGUUUCCUUAUCCUCACAUCAGCAUUUAGUGUCUUUUUUUGUAUUAACAUGGUAAACAUCUUUUCUGGCUUGAAGGGAAAAACCCUCUUCUGCCAUCCUCACACCCCUUUCCCUCAAGACUUACAAAGUGCUUUCAGUCUCCAUUUCUUCACUCCCAGUCAUUUUUACCCCAUCAUCUCUCUCUUUGCCUCCUAUAAUUUUCUUAUGAUAUUCUGGGAAAAGUAACCAGCGACACCCUCCCUUGUUAAAUUUUUUCUGCUUGAACCAUCUGUAACCUUCCAUCCCAUUGACCAUUCCCUCCUCGGACAUCCUCCGCGGUUCCUGUGGUAGACAAGACUCUUCUCUGGGGUUGACUCCCCCCGCCCAAUCUCAACCAGGCUGCAGUUGGUGCUGUCUUUCCCCCAGGGUGACUUUAUCAAUGCCCGCAGCUUCAGCCUUCUCUCACGCGAUCUGAAUAUCUUUAUGACUGGCUCCUCCUUUUGCAUCUUCUUUCACUCAUGGCAUUACCAUUUACCCUGCCAUCCAUGAUAUUUAAAAGCAACUUCACACGCAUACUUUAGUCAUCAAAUCCUUUUAAAUCUACCUUUAAAAAAUCUCUUGCAUUUGUCCCUCUAUUCCUGCUAAGUUUAGUGUAAGCUUUCACUCUUCUCCCCCAACAAGAAUGUUUUCUAUAUGCUCCAGUUAAAAAUAACACUCCAUUCUUUCUUAUUCCCUAUUACAUAGUUGUCAUUCCUCGAAAAAAUUUUAUCAGGCUGCUGGGCCUCCAUGCUUUUAACACAUUCCCCACUCCACCUGUGUUCUACAACCAUGGCACCUAGUCUUUAAGGCUAGGCUUCUCCUCUGCAAAACUUGGUCCUGCCUGCCUUGUUGAGGUGCAGCUUUGUACACACCCCUGUUGCAGAACUCAGUGUUGAAUUAAAGUCAUUUGUCUCUUGUCUUUGGGACUUGUUCAUCUAUUAGCAUAGUCCCUGGCAUAAUUGGUGCUGAAUAAAUGGUACUAUUAUUAGGGAGUUAAAGAUGAAAUUGACGUAGGAGUGAGUAUAAAAAUGUGGACAAGGAUGUGGUUCUUAAAGGGAAAGGUACUUAACCUGAAAGGAAAAGCAGCGACGCAAAGAUUACUGAGCUUGUGAAAUAGUUCACCCUCUGCCUCCAUAUUGUCAACUGUAUUAGGUAGAAAUUUUACAGUUAGGAUUGUUUUGUACGUCUGAUCUGGCUGCUUCUCUCUACUGUAGGUGGCAGGGUUAAUUUCGGUCCUCCCCACGUGCACUCACCCAGCACUGCACCCUUGCACAGACACUGGAGUAUUCAUGUAAUCAAUCAUGUCACGUUUCUUACAGUCUGAUGUGCAAAGCACCAUGCUCGGUGCUUGCUGUGAUAUUCAGGUGAAUAAGACAAAACUCUUUUUCUCAAAGAUACGUCUUUUUUUGAGGGAUAAUAUAUGUAAAGUACAUAAAGUGGACUGAUUUUACAGCUUCAGGAAUAUUUACAUCCAUAAUCAUUUCCAGCACCCCAGAAGUUUCUUUCAUGCCAUUACCAAUCUGUGUACUCCUCAAAACCCCUAUUCUGAUUUUUAUCAUUAAUACCCUAUCUUAAUAGACUUUAAAUCGGUAACUGGGUUUCUCUACUCACACCUGAACAGAAACCGCUGGAGUGUCAUUCAGUAAACUAAUACUUCAGGAAAACUAAUUAUGCUGUCCAUGUUUUAAGAAAGACUUGGAAUUGGUGGCCCAGGCUACCUAGUAGCACCAAAUAAAUUGUUACAUCAUGAGUUGAUUUGUUGAGGGAUUAAAGAAAUUUCCAUGGGAUAUUUCAAUAGCAUGGAGCAAUGAAAAGGACAGGAAAUUUUUAGUCAGUCAUCUGGGUUUUAAUCUUCAGCUGUGCUACUUAGAAGUUGUGUGAUAUUUAACAAAUCACAACUUCUGUGGGCCUAUGUCUUCGGAUACAAAAUUGCAGAUGAUACCCAGCCUACCUACCUCACCAGGCUUGUUGUACUGAAUAAAAUAAUGCAUAAGAAACACUGUAAAUUGUAUAGUGCUAUCAAGUAUUGUUAAUAAACCAUCUGUAUAUGUCUUGUGGCCCUCAUUAAUCUCUAAUCCAAGCACUCCUUCCAGUGGCAGAGUGAGAAAAAUCACCAUGGAUUAGGCUUCCAUAGUAGGAAUCCUGAAAUAGGUUUCUCUUCAGAGUGGCCGGCUAGUGCCCAGGUGUGGAAGGCCAUCGUUUGGCCUUCUUUCCAGAACCACUUCCUAUUGUAUAGCAAAGAUAGGCCAGUUAAUGACUCCCAAUUCUGAAAUUCUGUCUGUUAAAUUUCUUAGCCAAUGUUGAUUAUGAAUCAAUAGUAGUAUGACUGUCUUCCAAAAAAAAAAAAGCCUCAUUGUAGCUAAUGAAGUUGUCACUGUAAGAUGUCUUAUCUAUUUUCAGAGGUUGAAUAUGAAAGGGGCAAAAUUGGGAUUUUUAUCACAUAUAAUAGAAAAUUUAUAAGCCCAUCUGAGAUAUGUAUGAGUUGCCUAUAUCCAGUUUGAUGCCUUUGUUUAUUUAAGACUUAGUCAAAUUAAUAUUUUAACUGAUAUAUCUUGGCAGAAUUUAGUUAAAACACAGGCUUAACAUCAGUGGAUAAGAUUGAAUCUCAAAAGUAAUCUUGUCAUUUUUUAAUGCAAACCAAAGCUUAUACCUACCUCCAAAGACUCUCCACCAUGUCUGUUACCCUCAUUAAUAAAUAAAAUACAGAUAUAAUUUAUAGACAGUUAUUUUUUUUCAAUCCUAAAUGUCUGUGGCUUCAGGAAAAAAAUACUUCCUGCUAGUAAUGAUCUAUUUAAAAGGAGUGGAAUUUGUCAUACUGUAAUGUUCUAAUCACCUGCUUCUACAAGUUGGUGCCUAACAAAUCAAGUUUUUAGGGAUAUCAGCAGGUAAAUAAAAUAAAAAUUGGUAAAAGUAUCAAAUAUUCAUCUUCCUUAUUUUCCUCCUUGAACUUUAUUGUCAAACCAUUAUAACUUUGUAUAAAAUGGACUAAGAAUCAGGUCGGUUAGGGUCUUUGGGAUCCGUUCGUGGAAUUCAAUCUCAGGAGACUUCACUGAAGACACACUUGAUUUUACUGGGUCAUUAGCUGAGAAUAUUGGUCACUGGCACACAGUUCAGGGAACUCAGGAUGAAAUGGCAAGGAAAACACAAUCAAGUCCUUGGGUGAAGGGCAUUGUUAAAUACAUGGUUCAGACCAGAUGAACCCUUUAGAAAUGAUUUCUGUUUUAAAAGAAUGUACUUAAAAAUACUUUUAACUAGUGACUGUAGGUCCCUGUGGCAUGGUACUAUUACUGUAUUUUUUGGACUGUUCUAGGUAUGUUUAUAUAUGCUUUUUAGUGACUAAUGAAUUUGGAUGCACUGAAAAAAAUUUUAAAGUUCUCAGGUACUGUUUAAUUAUUUAAUUGCUAAGUGUGGUGUCAAGAUGAAAUUAUUUUUAAUAAUUGACAUUUUUAAAAUGUCAAUACCUUUUAUUGUACAGAAUGUUGCCUCUGUAAUAUCUUUGUAAACAGUGAUUUUUUUUCUUGGUUAUACAAUAA